AUGUAUUCCAAGAUUCUCCCGGUUGCGCUACUUGCCGUGAGCACGCUUGUUGCCGCCGAUCCAACGGUCUAUCUUAUCCGCCACGGCGAGAAGCCCGACGAUGACGGUACGGGCCUGAGCGCCCAGGGCGAGGAGCGCGCAGACUGCCUCCGCCAGGUCUUCGGAUCGUCGUCCGAGUAUAACAUUGGCAAGAUCAUGGCCAUGACGCCGAAGGAUGAUGGCAAGCGAAACCGACCCCUAAAGACCGUUAAGCCUCUGGCUGGGGACCUCGGACUUGAAGUCGAUAUCUCGUGCGACCGUGACGACCCGAAGUGUGUGAAGGAGGCCGUGGAGGAUUACGAUGGCGACGGCAACGUCUUGAUCUGCUGGGAGCAUGACGCGUUGACGGACAUUAUUGAGGAGUUGGGGGCCGACAAGGGACCGGAGUAUCCUAGUGAUCGGUUCGAUUUGAUCUGGACCGACCCAUCCCCGUACAGCGAGAUCACGGACGAGACGAGCGAACAGUGUCCUGGACUGGAUUAG